AUGCCGCCAUCUACUCCUAAAUCAGCGAGGACGACAACUGGAUGUCUUUCAUCAGGCAAAAAAAGGUUAAAACAGGCUACUUUAACGUCGUUUUUUAAGAAGGCUAGUGCUAGUGGAACCCCGAAUUCGACUGUUAAAGCUGGAAAAGAGCCAUUUGCAUCGUCUAAUUGUGGUACUCCUACUAAAGCCAAUGAAUUGAAGCUAUUUAUUGGCGAUGAAGAUAGUGUGAAUGAUACAACGUACGUGACGGCCAAUGACGGUGACAUCUCAAUGGACCUAUCCCUUCCUAGGGAGACUACCUCGGCUCAGACUCAGGAAUCUUCUGAAGAAAAGGAUGGUAGUAAUGUUUCCACUGUUUUGGAUAGUGAUGAUACCUGUAGGAAAUCCAAACGUAUAAAGUCUUACGCAGAGGACAGUGGCGACGAAGACGAGAUACCUCUUGGUAAGCGUCGUAAAGCUAAAAAGCGGUCAGCUGCUGACAGCGAUGACGAUGAUGACGAUAUUUAUGUCCCAGAUAAACUUGAUAGCCCCGAGGACGACUUUGUUGGUAUACUUGAUGAUGAUGAAAACGUAGAUAUUUUGCAAUUGGGUUCGAAAACGCAAUCGACGACACUAGGAAAGAACCGUCCUGCAGCCCGUACUACUAAAGUACAGUCCAGCGUUGGCUCUGGGGGAGCGAUUAAACGUCUAAAGAGCGAGAGCCCUGUUAAGCAUAAGAAGUUCGCGAAAGUCAACGAGGAAAGAUAUCAAUGGUUGGUUGAUGAGCGAGAUGAAGAUGGACGCAGUCCUUCCGAUCCUGACUACAAUCCUCGCACAUUAUUUAUUCCGGAUUCAGCUUGGGCCUCUUUUACUGCAUUUGAGAGACAAUAUUGGGAAAUUAAGUCCAAGAUGUGGGACUGUAUUAUUUUCUUUAAAAAAGGUAAGUUCUUUGAAUUGUAUGAAAAAGAUGCACGUCUAGCAAACCAGUUAUUUGAUCUUAAGAUUGUGGGAGGAGGCAGGGCCAACAUGCAGUUGGCUGGUAUCCCAGAAAUGUCUUUUGAUUACUGGGCCAGUCAGUUUAUUCAGCACGGGUACAAAGUAGGAAAAGUUGAUCAACGCGAGUCAAUGCUAGCCAAAGAGAUGAGGGAAGGAAACAAAGGUAUAGUGAAGAGAGAACUUGAACUGGUGUUGACAUCUGGUACUUUGACUGAUAUUGGCAUGUUGAAGAGUGAUAUGGCAACUUAUUGUUUGGCGGUACGGGAAGAACCAAUUGAUUUCUAUACUGUGGAAGAAGGUGGAGAUCCGUUGCCUGCUUCUCAGCAGAUGGGAAGGCUAUUUGGUGUGGCUUUCGUCGAUACAGCCACCGGUCACAUCAAUGUGUUGGAGUUUCAAGAUGAUUUAGAGUGUUCGCAGCUAGAUACUCUUAUGGCUCAAGUGAAGCCAAAGGAAGUGAUUAUUGAGAAGAGAAACCUAUCUGCCAUCGCGCAGAAAAUCGUGAAGUUCAACUCUCAACCAGAUAGUAUAUUCAAUAACCGCUCUUCAGAAGAGUUUUAUGACUUUGAGAAGACAUUUGAUGAACUAACAACUCAUGACUAUUUUCCUAGCAUGGAAGAGUGGCCACCAGUGCUUACCAGAUAUUAUGAAGAAGGCAAAAAGGUAGGAUUUCAUGCAUUUGGAGGACUACUAUCAUAUUUGCAGUGGCUGAAGCUCGACCAGUCACUAAUUAGCAUGGGGCAGGUAAGCGAAUACAGCCCGGCACGGUCCCAGGUGUCAUUGAUGCUAGACGGUGUCACUCUUCAAAAUUUAGAGAUAUUUGCUAAUUCUUUUGAUGGUACUGAUAAGGGUACGUUAUUUAAGUUAUUAAAUCGUGCUUUAACUCCAAUGGGCAAAAGAGCAAUGAGGAAUUGGGUAAUGCAUCCUCUGUUGCAAAAGGAGCAAAUUGAGUCAAGAUUUGAUUCCGUAGAUCUGCUUCUGAAUAAUAUGAACUUGAGGUCUAAAAUAGAAUCUGCUUUUACCGGUCUACCUGAUUUGGAGAGACAAUUGGCACGUAUUCAUUCUAGCUCGCUUAAAAUUAAAGACUUCGACAAAGUAAUUAGCGGUUUUGAAAGGCUAAGUGAGUUAAUAGAGGACUUAAGCAAAGAGGAAUUAGUGGGAUCUUUGGCUGCUUUUGUUAAUACAAUACCUGUCUCUUUAUCCCAAGAUAUUGAAGCAUGGACACAGGUUUAUGAUCGUCGGCGAGCUAUUGAAGAGGGGUGUAUUAUUCUCAAUAAAGGCAUUGAACCUGAAUUUGACGACUCGAUUCACAAAUUGGAUUGCCUAGAGGAGGAAUUGAAUACAGUGUUACAAGAGUAUAAGAAACAAUUCAAAUGCUCAUCGAUUAAAUACAAAGACAGCGGCAAGGAGCUUUAUACUAUUGAGAUGCCUAUUUCUGUAUGUGGUAAAGUUCCUUCAAAUUGGACACAAAUGGGCUCUAACAAGUCAACUAAGAGGUAUUAUUCUCCUGAAGUAAAAGCGUUAGCCAGAUCUGUAGCAGAAGCUAGAGAAUUACACAAGGUUAUUGAAGAGAGCUUAAAGAGUAGGUUGUACGAAAAGUUUUUCGCUAAAUACAAUACUACCUGGCUUCCUACUAUAAAAGCAGUUGCAGACAUAGAUUGUAUCCUUUCUCUUGCUCUCACAUCUGAAUCAUUAGGGUUCCCAGCUUGCAGACCAAAAUUCUUCGAUGAAAUUGAUGAACUAACGGGCGAAAUGCUGAAUGGCUUUGUUUCGUUUAAAGAAUUAAGGCAUCCAUGCUUUAACAUGGGUUCUAACACCGCUGUUGAUUUUAUACCAAAUGAUAUUGAGUUGGGUCGUAACACCGCUCAGAUAGGGUUAUUAACAGGUGCUAAUGCGGCCGGGAAAUCCACCGUACUUAGAAUGACCUGUGUAGCAGUCAUUCUUGCUCAGUUAGGUUGUUAUGUGCCUUGCGAAUCUGCAGAAUUAACACCUAUAGAUCGCAUUAUGACUAGACUGGGUGCCAAUGAUAACAUUAUACAGGGGAAGUCUACUUUCUUUGUUGAAUUGAGUGAAACUAAAAGGAUAUUGGAUAUGGCAACAAAUAGGUCACUACUUGUCUUAGAUGAACUGGGAAGAGGUGGCUCCUCGAGUGAUGGAUUUGCCAUUGCGGAAGGAGUUUUGCACCAUAUUGCUACCCAUAUCCAAAGUUUAGGGUUCUUCGCUACCCACUAUGGUGGACUAGGUAAAUCAUUUGAACACCAUCCAAUGGUUAAACCCUUAAAAAUGACAAUUCUAGUUGAUGAUGAGUCAAGGAAAGUAACUUUCCUUUAUAAGUUGGCAGACGGACAAAGUGAGGGUUCGUUUGGUAUGCAUGUGGCCUCCAUGUGUGGUAUCCCAAUUGAAGUUGUGGAUAAUGCGGAAAAAGCUGCUGACGACUUUGAACACACAUCUAGACUAUUAAAAGAACGCAAAAUGUAUCUGAAGGAUACGCACCUCAUCCCAUUGGGAUUACAAAGUGAUAUAGUUAGAUUAUGUUUUGGGGAUGGGUUGAAGAAUAACUCAAAAGGGACAGGGGAAGAUGUCAAGAACUAUACUUCAAAUAUUAAAUCUAAAGUUCUUUCUACCAUGAUAUCGAUUAUAGAUGGAUUAAAUGAAGAGUAG